CGAAAUAAAGGCAAUUGAAUUGACACAACACCUGUGGAAAAGAAAAUUUCAACACUCCGUCGUUUUCUUUCUACAUUAGUUUAUUAUCAUCACCUUAUUACAAAAAUAUACAGAGUAAUAAUGGGAAAUGGAGGGACGGGAGUGGGCAGUAUAUAAAGCCGUGGUGGCGGUGUUGGAUUGGAAGCGAAUGAGUGUCGGCUCUUGGGUUCUCUGCAUUUUUGCUCCCUCCUCAGAACACAACAUUAAUAUCCUCAACACAACAAAACAAAAAAACUCCAAUCAAACAAAAGAACUUGCUUCCGAUCUCCUUUGAAAGAGGAAGGAACCAUACAAAAGGCCGGCUCUGCAUUUCCAUUGUGCCCUCUUCUCGUCUCCUCCGCUUGCUGCUCAAUGCCACACAGCUUGGCAAUCUUGAAAAGAUAGAGCUCCCUCCUUUCCUCCUGCUGAACUGAACUGGGUUUCCUUUUUUCUUUCAGUCCAGGGUAAGGAAUGGCAGAGUCCAGAUUGCUAAGAGGCAAAUGUUUCCUUCUCUCUGUAUGUCUGGUUUUGCUGUCUCUGACCAGAACCGACGGCCUGUAUGCUCCAAUUACAUAUGUGACCAGUGGUGUAGCAAAAGGAGCUGUUUGCUUGGAUGGAAGCCCACCAGCAUACAAUUUCGACAAAGGGUAUGGAACCGGGAUUAAUAGUUGGUUAGUUCAACUUGAGGGAGGGGGAUGGUGCCACAAUGUCACCUCGUGUCUUGCUCGUAAGAACACGCGUCUUGGUUCGUCUAAGCAAAUGGGCAACCAGCUUGCUUUCUCAGGAAUCAUGAGCAAUAGGCGCCAAUUUAAUCCAGAUUUCUACAACUGGAACAGAGUGAAGGUUAGAUACUGUGAUGGGUCUUCUUUCACCGGCGAUGUAGAGAAAUUUGAUCAGGCUACUAACCUUCACUUCAGAGGAGCAAGGGUUUGGCUUGCUGUUAUGGAGGAACUCCUUGCUAAAGGGAUGAGAAAUGCUGAAAAUGCUCUUCUGUCAGGCUGCUCAGCUGGCGGAUUGGCCACCAUUAUGCACUGCGACAGCUUCAGAGCUUUACUCCCUAUGGGUACUAAAGUAAAAUGCCUUUCAGAUGCUGGUUAUUUUAUCAAUGUGAAGGAUAUUGCUGGAGCGUCUCAUAUUCAAGCCUAUUUCAGCCAAGUAGUGUCAUUACAUGGAUCUGCAAAGAAUUUGCCUUUGUCAUGUACUCGUAGAUUGCGACCAUCACUGUGUUUCUUCCCUCAGAAUGUAAUACAGCAAGUUCGAACGCCAGUGUUUCUUCUGAAUGCUGCAUAUGACUAUUGGCAGAUAAGGAACAUCUUGGCACCUGCUGAUGCAGAUCCACAUGGCUCCUGGAAUGCCUGCAAGCUUGAAAUAAGCAGCUGCUCACCUCUUCAGAUCAAAACAAUGCAAGCAUUCAGGAUGCAGUUCUUGAAGACAUUAAUGUCCAAAUCAGGCAAUUCUACAUCUAGGGGCCUGUACAUAGACUCCUGUUACUCACAUUGCCAAACAGAGUUUCAGGCAACCUGGUACAUGGCUGACUCUCCUGUUCUCGGCAAGACGAAAAUAGCAACAGCAGUGGGAGGAUGGUUUUAUGACAGGAGAUCAUUCGCGAAGAUCGAUUGUCCUUACCCUUGCAAUCCAACUUGCCACAAUACAGGCGGCAGCGGCGGAAUGGUUCCAGUGCAGCCAAAUGUAUAGCUUUUUUCAAUCUCCAAAAUUCCAUUGAGUUCAACUUCAAUAUCAUUCAACAAGCUAUAUAAUAGGGUAGGGUAUAGCUACAAUAAUGAGAAAGCAUUUACAUUCAGAGUAGUAGUAGGAGAUAGAAGAAAGAAGAAGACCACAGCUAGCAUCAUUGCAUUUGAUUGAUUGAUUAUUGCAAAGCACAGAAGAAUGAAUUGGAUUGGAUUAGAUUGGACGAAAUGGAAAAAUAAGGAAAGGUCAUAAUUGAAUGCAUUCAUCAAGACAUUGUGGUGCAAAUAUGGCCUUUGGAAAUCUAUUCUUUUUCUAUAUUCACAACAGUCAAUGUAUUCUUUCUGG